GUUAUUAGGGGGCGUGGUUUCAUCUGUAGUUUUUCCUCUGUAAACAACAUGCCGAGUCUGGAUCCUGAAGAUGUGAGCGAGAGAAAUGACAAAUCUUCCCAAAAUAUAAUUGCAGUUAUAUCACAGUUUGCCGACGACAACUUAACUUUUGUCCGGAAUAUCAGCACAUGUCUCGGCCUCGCUGGUCUUCUCAUCAUAGCGAGGAGCAUCAGGCUGGUAAAUGUUUAAUGCGCGUGCUUUUAUUUCACGUAGCUGUCAGUGGUGUGUCUGUCGGAGUAAAACAUUCAUGAUUACAAAAUUUGGAUAUGCCUCUGAUAUUCCAGCCUGGUUCAUUGAGAGAAACAUCAGCAUCAGAGGAAAAGUGAGAAAUAUAACCGAGACGGGGCUAAAAGUGGAACACCAACCAAUUUAUGUCCCUUUGCUCAGUCCCCUACUUACUAAACCAGGUCAGUGCAUGACCCUCCUGAAUGUGCGUCUGGCUGGGGUGGAGCUGACCUCAGAAGGGCAGAAAUGGAUCAGUCAACAGCUAAAACCAUCUGAGACGGUGUGGCUCCGACUGAUCGCUCGACAAAACGAGACCCUCCACUGUCUAGUGUCAGUUAACAGGGGCUCAUUUUUCAACACUUGUGUGAAUGAGGAGCUUUUGAAGGAUGGUUUGGCCAGGACGUCUCCCCUCGUUGGUCUGGAUCCUCAGUCUCGCAUCUUCUGGAGACUCUAUAAGCGCUUGCUGAGGGUUGAGAGCAGAGCGGAAAAGAAAGGAAAAGGCUUGUGGAAAGAAGAGAGUCGUUGGGAGAGAGCUGCUAAUGUAUUGAAGAACAAUAUGUUGAUCAAGUCAAUUAAGAAACUUUUUAAAUGACAUCUGGUGGCAAAGAAUCGAAAAAAUUUAUUAUUAGAUUAUGCUAUUAAUGCUAUGACAUGUAAAGUGGGUGUGUCACAGUGGGUAGCACUGUUACCUCAUAGCAAGAAAGUCCCCCAGUUUGAGCCUCGGCUUGGUUGGGAAGCCUUUCUGUGUUGAGUUGUCUGGUGUAUCUAGAGAUGGCAAAUUGCCCUUGCUCAACUUGCGUGUGGAUUAACUUGUGUCUAGAUUGACAUGUAUGUGGACUAACCAGUUCUUACCAUGAAUCUAGCAAUAGAUGCUGGAAUGGCGUUAAGAAAAAAUAAACAUGACCUGUUAAGCCUAAGAAUGUGCCUCUUCACACAUGUAUUUAUUAUAACAUUUCAAAACCAUCCUUGAUGGUGGCUGUGUAAUCACAUUAUCACGCUGCCUUACACCUGUAUCACUAGAGCCCCCAUCAUCAUAGUUCUGACAACCGGAAAGCCUUUGUACUUUCCCUCCUCUCAUAAAUCCAUAUCCAACAGACCACUUCGUUUUCUCUUACCCUGGGGAGAUGGGGGAGUACUUUGUCAGGAUGACAUGGCAGUGGGGGUCCACCCAUGCCCCCACUGGGACAAUGAGGAGGGGGGACCCCAUCACUAUAGAAACAUCACACUCUGAAGACAAAGUGCAUUGGGGGGACACCAUCCCAGGGUCCUAGAGGCCUUAGGACUUGGAGAUAGGAAAACAUGGCUCAACGGGGAUAAAAUGUGGAGUGGGAGUUUUUAAAGCUUUAGAUAUUUACAGCUGUGUCUGAAACUCAGAAUCCUGCCAAUAAAACUUUAAAUUUCAAAUCUGAAAAUAUUAAGUUUAAUCACAGAAUUGUUAUUUGUGGUUUUAUUGUGUUGACAAGUAUUGAAGACCCUAUUUACUAAAGAAAACAAUCUGUAAAGUGAAUGGUAGAAUAAGGCUGGUUAGGCUGUAAGCAAGUUCCUAAUGGACAUCAAAUGGCCCUCCCAGUGGGUUUCUCAAAAGUGAAAUCUCUGGUCCUCUUGCAGGGGUUUAGUUUUUGUCUCUAUAUGCACAAAGAGGGGAGGAGGUGACUGUCAGCACCCCUCUUACGCCUUUGUUGUGCAAAUGUCCCUUGCGACUACGGCAGAGUUACUGGACUCUUAUUGGACAGGCUGUUUGAAUUGUAAGGUGCAUUACUGUGAUCAUUGGGUCUGAGUCUAGCAGACUUUGAACUGAGACUCAGCACAUGGGCGGUUACGCGGAAAGAAUCGUGGAAACUGUGGAAGGACUGAUGGAUGAGAGAUGUGGGAGUUAAUCCUUGGGAAAAUAUGCUCUUUGUGUUUGUGCAGGAGCGAGAACAGAGCUCCUCUCUCCUCGUUGUAUCAAAUUCUACACUUGGAAUUUUGAGACCCUCAACUGAUUUUACAACUCUCACUGUGAUAAUGUGACAAUA